AAUCAUAAAAUCCUUAAACCCUAAACCCUAGCUACUGUUAAACCUUUAUCCCCUUCAACACUUCUCCUUUCACCCGUGCCUUCUUUCAACAACUCAAAAGAGCAAAAAAUUGAUUUCUAAAGAAACUUAAUUUCAAUUCGUAUAGCAAAAGAAUGUCGUUUGACGGGAGUUUUCGCGUCGAUUAUGAGCUACAGAGGUUGCUUUCUCGGUGCCCCGAGCUCGCUUGUAUACCCGACUUCUAUUACUUGUUAAAGAAGGGUGAUAAAGUUACAGAAGAAGAAGUGGUGAAUGCUGUGGGAGAAAUUGUGAUACACCCAAAGUAUACGAUCCCAUUAAUUGGAUGCUUUCGUCCGUUAGCUAGGAAAAUUUUGGAUAGAGCUGUUUCGUUGCUUAGUUUGGUACCUAAUUUGAGGUGCAACGAUGAUGGUGGUGGUGAUUUGAUGGACGUUGAUCCAGAAGAUGGUCGGGGAGAAGUUGAUGAUUUAGAUAUUGAGGAUAGUGUUCAUAUAAUUGAUGUUUAUUCUAAAAGAGGGAAGGGUUUGAAACUUCAUGAGCUAGCUUGUCUCGCUUUUUCUAGAGCGAUUGAUUUGAUCCGUUCAUUAUUGAGGUCUGUCUUGGGUUAUUUUGAGUUUGCUCCCCCUCCAUUUGAAAGGUUUAGACAGAGAAUAACAGUUAUGGAGGCAGUUGCUUUGGAUGGAGCUGGUUUGCUGAAUGCAGUACGAGUUUCAUAUCGUCUCCUUCUAGCAGAGCCUGAAGUUUUUGUCACAAUGUGGGACUGGUCUUGCCUUCUGGACAAUAUAAGUCAGUUUCAUGAUUUUUAUUUGGGUAGAAAUGAAGAACCAAACAGAAGUGAGUGUGACAUAUUAUGGUGUGUGAUAAGAAUUCUGUCAAUACUUUUGAAGUUAAAUGACCGAGUUAUAGCAAAAUUCAAUCUAUGUUCUCAAGAGGCAUGUUCCUGUUUACUACGCUGGGAAGAAUAUUGUCAGGAUGUAGCACUGGAGAAAGCAGCCUGGUAUCUUGAAUCCUCACAUGAAAGUAAUCGUGACUUAGCUGGUGGAAGUACGAGAUUUAACCAAUGUCAAUCGCUGCACUCUUCACCUUUUGAUUCUUUAGUUCCAUCCUCCUCAACCAUUCUAGAGUAUGGACUCUUAAAGGGGGACAAGAAGGUGACAUGGGAUUGUGGGAAACCUUUCGUCUUGACUUCUGCUAUGCAGAAGAGCUAUGAGAUGGUGUUCCUGGCUUUUAGUCAGAGGUGGCCAGUGCUUUUGUAUGGCCCAGCAGGUUCAGGAAAAACUGCAUUGAUUUCAAAGUUAGCAGAACUUCAUGGGGGUCGGGUUUUAUUCCUUCAAAUGGACGAGCAAGUUGAUGGCAAGAUGUUAGUUGGCACUUAUGUAUGUACAGAGCAACCUGGUGAAUUCAGAUGGCAGCCUGGUUCACUUACCCAGGCUGUUUCCAAUGGAUUCUGGGUUGUCUUUGAGGAUGUUGAUAAAGCGCCUCCUGAUGUUCAAUGCAUCUUAUUGCCUCUGUUAGAAGGCGCAACUUCAUUCUUCACUGGGCAUGGAGAGGGAAUUAGAGUUCAUGAAGGUUUUCGGUUAUUUUCCACGAUGAAAAGCACUAAGCUAGAUAUAUCUAUGGAAGGUAAGAGUUCUGUUAGUGCACUUUGGCGGAGAGUAAUGAUUGCACCUUCAAGUCAUCAGGACUUGCUGAAGAUUGUGAAUAAGUGGUAUCCGGAAUUGAAGUCUUUGUCAACAGAACUUAUUGGAACAUUUGAUAGAGUUAAUGAGCUAGUAGGAUGUCAUUUUGGAACUGGUGCCUUUGUAGGUUCUCAUGGAAGGUUUUCACUGAGAGAUCUUCUCAAAUGGUGCAAGAGAAUUGCAGGUUUAGGUUUUCAUUUUGGCAGGGACGAUUUUCCAACUUAUGCCCGUGAAAACAUAUAUAAGGAGGCUGUAGAUAUCUUUGCUGCCUUUUUAACUGCUGAAAAACGGCUGGCUGUAGUGAAAGAGCUAGCAAAAAUGUGGUCAGUAGGACCAGUGGAGACUUUGUAUCCCAUCAAUAGGCCUGUUAUUCAGGAACUAGCAUCUGAUUUACAUAUUGGCAGGGUUGUACUUAAGCGCAACCACAGGGCUACCUGGGAAGAGAAGAAGCAUUUCGUUGAGAUUCGUAAUUUAAUCCACAUACUUGAGAGAAUAGCUUGCUCUGUUAAGUAUAAUGAGCCAGUUCUUUUGGUGGGUGAGACUGGUACAGGGAAAACCACUCUUGUACAGAGUCUUGCUUCGAAACUUGGUCAAAAACUUACAGUCCUGAAUUUGAGUCAGCAAAGUGAUAUAGCCGACUUGUUGGGUGGAUUCAAACCAAUUGAUGCUCAGUUCAUAUGUAUACCCCUUUAUAAGGAGUUUGAGAACCUAUUUACUGCUACAUUUUCUUCCAAGGAGAAUGGAGAUUUUCUUGUACGUUUAAGGAAGUUUGUUUCUGAAAAGAAUUGGAAGAUGUUAUUAGGUGGAUUUCAGAAAGGUGUCCGAAAGAUAAUUGAAAUAGGAAGAUCUGGGUCCGGUACAAAGCGGAAGAGACCUUUGGGUGAAGAACUGAUAAAGGCUUGGGAAACCUUUUCCGUUAAACUAGAUAAAGCGCGUAUGCACAUUGGUGCUUCUGGUGGAAUGAUAUUUUCUUUUGUAGAAGGAGCUUUUAUUACUGCACUUAAGAAUGGUGAAUGGAUACUGCUUGAUGAAGUGAACUUGGCUCCUCCGGAGACUUUGCAGCGAGUUAUCAGUGUACUUGAAGAAGAGACUGGAUCUCUAUGUUUGACUGAAAGGGGUGAUGUUGAUUAUGUAAAUAGACACGCAAACUUCCGCAUAUUUGCCUGCAUGAAUCCUGCAACUGAUGCUGGGAAGAGAGACUUGCCCAAUUCGUUAAGGAGCAGAUUUACAGAAUAUUUUGUUGAUGAUUUCUUGGAUGAUGAAGACCUUUCUUUGUUUAUUAGUCAGUUUAUUAAAGAGGAUCAUUCAAAUAGAGAACUAGUCAGUAAAAUUGUACAGUUCUAUAAAACAGCCAAGAAGCAAUCUGAUGAUAAAUUACAGGAUGGUGCUAACCAGAAACCCCAAUAUAGUUUAAGGUCUCUUUACCGUGCGCUAGAGUACACAAAGAAAGCAGAGAGAACUUUCGGACUUCAGAAAGCCCUUUAUGAUGGUUUUUGUAUGUUUUUUCUGAUUGCAUUAGAUGAACCAAGUGCUAAACUAAUGAAUCAAUUGAUUACUAAAUAUUUAUUAGAGGGCAAAAUGCCUCCACAGAUCUCCUUUGAUGCUUACUUGUUAGAUAAAGGAAAUUCAAGGUCUGAUGAUUUGUUGGAGAGCUAUGUUUUGACUAAGAGUGUGAAGGAUCAUAUUAGAAACUUGGCGCGUGCCAUAUUUAUUGGAAGAUACCCAGUUCUACUUCAGGGGCCUACAUCUAGUGGAAAGACGAGCCUAGUCCAGUAUCUUGCUGCGAUAACCGGUCAUGAGUUUGUGAGGAUCAAUAACCAUGAACACACUGAUCUGCAGGAGUAUAUGGGUUCCUAUGUUACUGAUGCAAAUGGGAAGCUUGUCUUUCAUGAGGGUGCACUUGUUGAGGCAGUUCGAAAUGGUCAGUGGAUAGUUCUGGAUGAGCUAAACCUUGCCCCAUCAGAUGUGUUAGAAGCUUUGAACAGGUUGCUUGAUGAUAAUAGAGAGCUUUUUGUCCCUGAAUUAUGUGAAACCGUUCGAGCACAUCCGAACUUCAUGCUGUUUGCCACACAGAAUCCACCAACCUUAUAUGGUGGUCGCAAAAUUCUUUCACGAGCAUUUCGCAACCGUUUCGUGGAGAUCCAUGUUGAUGAAAUUCCAGAAGAUGAGUUGAGCACAAUAUUGACCAAUAGAUGUGAAAUCCCAGAAAGCUAUGCUAGGAAAAUGAUUGCUGUCAUGAAGGAACUGCAAUUGCAUAGGCAGAGUACAAAAAUUUUUGCUGGAAAACAUGGUUUCAUUACUCCACGUGAUCUGUUUCGGUGGGCUAACCGUUUCAGGGAAUUUGGGAAGUCCUACGAAGACCUAGCUCGUGACGGUUAUUAUUUGAUGGCUGAGAGACUGCGAGAUAAUGACGAGAAAAAAGUUGUCCAGGCAGUUUUGGAACGGCAGUUGCGGGUUAGACUGUCUGAGGAUGAUAUGUUCAAGCAGGUUUUCUCUCUGGAAGGUGGAAGUGGAGAUAAGAUCGUGGAGCUUGGCAAGCAUACCGGAGUCGUUGGACAGCUGGACAAAAUUGUUUGGACUAAAAGUAUGUGGAGGUUGUACUUUCUUGUUGAGCGUUGUUACAAGCUGCGUGAGCCUGUUCUCCUUGUUGGUGAAACGGGUGGAGGGAAAACUACUGUUUGUCAGCUGCUUAGUAUCAUUUUGGGUUCGAAAUUACACAUUUUAAAUUGCCAUCAAUAUACAGAAACAUCUGAUUUUCUUGGGGGUUUCUAUCCUGUACGAGAAAGAUCAAGAAUUUCUACCGAUUUCAAGCAUCUCUGCGAGAAGUUGAUGCAUUCCAAGGCUAUUGUGAAUUAUCCUGGAGAUUCUAUGAUUUCUUCAGAUAUCAAUCAAGCUUCUUCCACUCUUCAUAAGCUGUCAGUUAUUUUAAGUAGUUACAGGCAGUGUGAAGUUUGCCAUCCUGAUGUAACUAGUGAAGAUGUUGACUACCUUGGACAGCUGAACUUUGACUUGGUUCGGCUGCACCAGAAAUGGCAGACCAUUUUUAUGUGGCAAGAUGGACCUCUUGUUGAAGCGAUGAAGAAAGGAGAGUUAUUUCUUGUGGAUGAAAUCUCUUUAGCUGAUGACAGUGUACUUGAAAGACUCAACAGCGUAUUGGAGCCAGAAAGAAAACUGUCUUUGGCUGAGAAAGGAGGGUCUGAUCUCCAGAAAAUAACUGCUCAUCCUAACUUUUUUCUACUUGCAACAAUGAAUCCUGGUGGUGAUUUUGGCAAGAAGGAAUUGUCUCCUGCCCUUCGCAAUAGAUUCACGGAGAUAUGGGUACCACCUAUUACUGACUUGGAUGAGCUUAAAAGUAUUGCUCUUGAGAGCAUUUCAAGAGCAAACUUAAGUGUGCUGGUAGAUCUUAUGAUGAAAUUUUGGGAGUGGUUCAACAAUUUACAAAUAGGAAGGGCACUUACUGUGAGAGAUCUUCUAUCCUGGGUAUCCUUUAUUAAUGUGACAGAGAGAAUUCUUCAACCAGAAUCUGCGUUCCUUCACGGGGCGUUUCUUGUUCUGCUCGAUGGCUUAAGUUUGGGUACAAAUAUUUCAAGGACAGAUGCUGCAGGGUUGCGAGAAAAAUUCCUUGGAUUUCUUUUAGAUGGUCUAAAGGAGCUCAAUCUUUGUUUUGAUUGCUCAAAUAUUUCCAUGCUGGUGUCUUAUGGUUGGGCCGAUCCUGGAAAAUCUGCUGUUUUCGCAUGCUCUGAUGCAAUGCACUGUGACAAUCGCUUUGGGAUUCCGCCCUUCUAUAUCGAGAAAGGUGGGAAUUAUUUUGCUGGUGAAAAAUUUGAGUUUCUAGCACCAACGACCCGCAGGAAUGCAUUGAGAGUGCUCCGUGCCAUGCAGCUUGCUAAACCUGUUCUGUUGGAAGGGAGCCCUGGCGUUGGCAAAACAAGUCUAAUUGUAGCCCUUGGCAAAUUUUCUGGGCACACAGUAAUACGGAUAAAUUUGUCCGAGCAGACGGAUAUCAUGGACUUGUUUGGGUCAGAUUUGCCUGUUGAGGGUGAUGAAGGCAUGCAAUUUGCUUGGUCUGAUGGAAUUCUUUUACAGGCUCUAAAGCAGGGAUCAUGGGUACUUUUGGAUGAACUCAAUCUUGCUUCACAGUCUGUCUUGGAGGGUUUAAAUGCCAUUUUGGACCAUCGCGCUGAGGUUUACAUUCCGGAGUUAGGUCGCACUUUCAAAUGCCCACCAUCUUUUAGAGUUUUUGCUUGUCAAAAUCCUUCAAAUCAAGGUGGGGGACGAAAAGGUCUUCCAAAGUCCUUCCUCAACAGAUUUAUGAAGGUAUAUGUCGAUGAGCUAGUUGAGGAUGACUAUCUUGCUAUUUCUAGUUCGCUCUAUCCAACAAUUUCGCGUUCUCUUCUCUCUAAGCUGGUUUUGUUUAAUAAGAGAUUACAUGAAGAAAUAAUGUUGCUUCACAAAUUCGCUCAAGAAGGUUCCCCUUGGGAGUUUAAUCUCCGAGAUGUGAUUCGUUCCUGUGAAAUCAUAAAAGAUGCCCCCAACGUAUCAAAAUCUGAUUGCUUUCUGAAUCCUGUUUAUAUUCAAAGAAUGCGCACAGCUGCUGAUAGAGUGGAGGUCUUAAAGCUUUAUGAACAGGUAUUCAAAAUGAAGCCCAGCAUAAACCCUUAUCCGCGGGUUCAGCUUAAUCCCCAGUAUUUGAUUGUUGGGAAUGUAUCUAUUGAACGAAAUCGUUGCCUGUCACCUGGAGUACUCAAUAGCGAGCUUAAAAUUUUGCCUGGCUUCCGCAAUAGUUUGGAAGCUGUAGCACAUUGUGUUAAGAAUCAGUGGCUAUGCUUAUUAGUUGGACCAGCAUCCUCUGGUAAAACUUCAUUGGUACGAUUACUUGCUCAGCUGACCGGAAAUGUACUUAAUGAAUUGAAUCUAUCCUCUGCAACUGAUAUUUCUGAGCUCCUGGGAAGCUUUGAGCAGCACAAUGCUGUUCGGAAAUACCGUCUUGCCAUCGCUUCGGUUGAGUCCUUUAUAAAUGAAUAUUGUGGUCUGCAACUGGAAUCUUCAUGCAAGGAAUUUAUGAUGAGAAAAGAGCUGUUCAUUUUGUGGCUGUCCUUCUUAUCAAGCAUCAAGCACGACCCUCCAAAAAGUUCUUGCUCUUCAUAUGUUGAUACAUGGAGGACGAAGUACUUUGAGUCUACUUCUACGUUGGUUAACAUUAUUGAACAUCUAAAGUUGGUAGUUGAGGAAACGUCACUGCCUAUGACUUGGUCGAUGAAGGACUUGGAAACAAUUCUUGCAAUGAUUAAGAAAUUUGAAGAAGGUCAUGCUAAAAGGACACAUUCCUCAAAGUUUGAGUGGGUAACUGGCAUGCUUGUAAAGGCUAUAGAAAAUGGAGAGUGGAUAAUAUUAGAUAAUGCAAAUCUCUGCAACCCAACGGUUCUUGAUAGGAUAAACUCUUUAGUUGAACAAUCUGGAUCCAUCACUAUCAAUGAAUGUGGAACAGUUGAAGGAAAACCUGUAAUUCUUCAUCCCCACCCUCAGUUUCGGAUGUUUCUAACAGUUAACCCUCUAAAUGGUGAAGUUUCACGUGCAAUGAGAAAUAGAGGGGUUGAAAUUUUUUUGAUGGAGCCUGAUUGGUUGUUUGAUGACAAAUGCACUAAAAUUGAAAUCGAGCUUGAGAAUGCAAAGAGAUUUGUAGUUCUUUCUGGUGUACCUUCCGGUAAGUUGGUCGAUUUGAUGGCCAAUGCCCACAUGAAUGCGAAGGUUAAAGGUGCAUUGCUCAAAAUUAGGAUCACACUUCUUGAACUUGCGCGCUGGGUGCAGUUAUUCCAGCAGCUUCUUACAAACGGUAACCAUUUUUCAUGGAGCCUGCAAACGAGUUGGGAGCAUACCUAUGUUUCUUUAUUUGGGGUUGAUCAAGGGAAUAGUAUUGUUGAUCAAGCCGGAGAUCCUAUUUCUCUAAUACCAAAGUUUGUGGACUUUAACUCUUAUCAAGCUGGCUUGUUAUCUUUGCCAGGGGGGUGGCCAGCACCCUUGAAAUUGAGGGACUAUCAAUUAUAUUCAAAAGAAACUUGUAUAAGGCAAAAUUGCAUGUACCUCGAGUUCCUGGGAGCGCAGAAUGCCUGUUAUUCAACCUCUGCUGCAUUACACAAUGCAUUGGCUCCUAAUUCUGUGGCUAGCUCACUCAUGAUGGAUACAAGGAUCUUGCAUGCCCUGAUGUUUUUUCCUAAAGAUUCAAGUUGUCAAGUUGCUGUUGGUGGCGGAUCAAAAGAACUUAACUUGGAUUUAGCCAGGGAAAUGCUGUUGUACGCUGCAAAUUGGGCGUUUGAACAGGCUACUGAAAGUGAUUACAAGCUUUAUCUUCUUUGGUUUUCCCAUGUUGGUUCUCUGUUACGGCAACAUUCUUCAUUCUUUAGUUUUUAUGCCUCUAUUCUGGCAAAAGAAUUGGAACAUCCAAUAUGGAAUCAGAUUUUUAGUUGUCGUCGUGAGAUUGUAUCUCAUAAUUUGGUUAAUAUGGAUUCUUGUCCGAUACCUUUACUUUCAGUAGAACUGGUUGAUUUAGCACCAGCUGACAAUGUGUUGAAAUCCUGCAGUGGAGUUCUUGUGAAUGCCAUUAAGAGUGUCAGAUUACUGAGACUUAGCCAUCUGCAGUGGAACUCCGAGAUAGGUUACAAAUACAGUAGUGAAACGCAGUCCCUUAAACCUGUUUUGAGAUCUCUUCAGGAGUUGGAGAAGAACGUACUUGAAAUGUUUGUCCAGUCAUCUUCUUUUGAUGUGCUGUUCCAGUUGUACAGUAACCUCCUUGAACAUCACACUCUACUAUGGACAGGAAUUAUUACUUCUCAAGACGAGUGCUUGCUAAUUUCUUGGAGUUCUUUGAUGAAGGAAGUUUCAAAAUUUUUGGAUUUUUUUCCAAAAGAAGUGGAGAUUUUUCAUAGAGAUAUAAAGAACUUGGAGGAGUCUCUAAAUGGAUCUUCACAGUUGCAAAAGUCCUUGUUGUGGGUCCAUGAAAAUUCCUUGCUGUGGGUCCAUGGUGGGCACCCGUAUCUGCCUCCUUCUGCUGAAUUAUAUGAGAAAUUGUGUCAGCUACUAAGCUUUUGCGAACGACUUUGGCCGGGAAAUAAAAUAAUCUGGGAGCUAGCAAUGGAUGAUGUAAUCAUUGAAGCAGCUUCAUCCUCUAAUCCAGAACUGCGGUUCCUCGCCAUGCAAGGUGUCUCUAUGUCAUCUUAUAUCAUGUCAAAAGUUGAUGAAAAUGGUGUCAGACCUGUCGAGCAGUUGGAGGAAAUGUACCAGAUGCUCUCUAGAAGAUUUGAUUUUGAAAAAGAGAAGUUGGAAGAGAAUUUGAGAAGCAUUAAGCAAGCCCCAAGAACAUCCAUUCUGCCUGAUUGUUGUGUCUUUUUAGCUGACGUGUUGUGUCAAAGGUCGAGCUUUGAUUGUUGGCUAGAGACUCUACCCAUAGUUGAGGGUGCCAGUUUUUUCUUUGAUACAAGCCUACUUCAGCAACUUUCGACAAUUGCUUUAGCUGAUGGGCAGAAACAAUACGAAGGUUUAACCGACUUGGCUGGCCUUAUUGAGUUUGCAAUGACUUUUUCUUUGAAGUUCUCUUCAAGGCCUCCAACUGACUUUUCGCCUCACCAGAAAAUUUUGUGGACCCUAGAUGCUUGGAAAUCUAUCUAUGGAGUGAGUGAACAGAUAUCCAGUUUUGUUCUUGAUAUGUGGUAUAAAUGGCAUACAUCUUUGUGGAAUUUGUUGCCAACUGUUGCUGAGAAUGUAUCAUGGCAUAAAUGUGAUGAUAUCCUUCCUGAUGAGCUGUUUAAGCCUUCAAAAAUGGCAGCAAUUCAGAAAAUCCUGUAUGGUGCAUUUGCUAUCAGAGAUUACCCAGUGCAUAGCCUCAAAAUGAGAGCUGCUUCCCGUUAUCUUUGGCAAGGUUCUCUGGAAAUAGACACAAAGAGUUUUCUAUUAUCGACUGCUCGGUCCCUCUUCCAGCAGAUGAUAUUUGCACACAAAAAGUCUUUCGAAGCUGAGAAGUUUGCGAGAAUCAAAACUUUCUUUCAUUCAACAACACGGAAGACCAUCUCGCAAGACGAUGUUAAGAUCAUGCUUUCCCUUCUUGAAUCAUCACAUCACAAGACAAUCUCAUCAGAUGAGAUGAGACCUUUUAUUGAGCAUUUGCUUCAGGGAUUGUAUCUCCCGUGCUCAUCUGAGGGCUUCAUGAAUAGGAUAGGAUGUGUAUGGUUGCUGAUUGGGAUACUCCGUUACAAGCUUCUGAUUUGCUGCACUGAUCUGGAUCCAACUGCAAAAUACCGCUUAAAGUAUUCAAGAGUGGUGGAAAAGAUAUCUUCUCUUCAGCUUGAAACUCAGGUACGCAGUGAUUGUGUCCAUUUGGCUGGAUCUUUUCAGUUGAGGGAACAAGAUAGAGAUAGAUCAAUAUUGUUGGAAGAUCUCAAUGCUAAGCGGAAGAAACUGCAAAGAAAGAUUGUUUUCCGCGCUGAACCUGAGAAAUUCAAGGGAAUGAAGGCAGUUUGCAAGGACUUCCUUGAUUUCCUUGAGAAUGUUGUCAAACAAGUUAUUACUACUGUAAGUGUGGAAGAGAUAUCUGGCGAAGUGCGCAACUGGCAGGAAAUGGCCACUAGUGCCAUAAAGCAGUUAUCAAAUGAAUAUUCUUCGUACAUGGAUGUAAUUCAGCCACUACAGACGGCUAUAUAUGAAAUGAAAUUGGGAUUGUCUCUGGCUUUUUCUGGUGCCUUAAGUGAAAAGUAUCUGCAGAAACUUGGAAAAUUUGAUAUAGAAUCUGUUCUGGCUGCGGUUUAUGCCUUUGUGAGAUUCCCAAGAGGGUGUGCAUCAAAAUCUGUUUCGUUUAGUGCUGCUGACAAUAAGUGCGCCAAGCUUUUGCGCUAUGAUAUUGAACUUCCAUCAAUUAUCUCAGCCCUUGAUUUAAAUUUGCUGGAGAAUCUUAUCAAUUUUAAACAGAGAGUCGAUAAUGAUAGCAAGAUGUCGUCCUUGCAACUGAGAAUUGCAAUGUAUCAGAAUGUUCUGAUUCGCCUGUUGCAUGCUGUUGUUAACGCCCACUUUCUGGAUACACCGUCCUUUAAGCUUGCGGAUAGAAUAUUUGAUGAGUUAGCAAGCAACUGGAUGCGAAUGAAACUUCAAGUCCGAACAACAGAAGAUAAUAAAGCUCAACAAUUUAGGUUUAAACCACGUGCAUUCAAGAUAGACAAUAUGCUUGAGAUUGACAUAUCAGCUCUUGGUAGUUUAGCUUCAGAUGAAUGUUUCUUAGAAUGGAAAGAGUUCCACUCUAGACAAGAAUAUUCUGAGAAACUGAACUCUGACCAAGAACCAGAAGCUAUCAUGGACGAUUGGAACUAUAUAGAAGACUCUAGUUUGAAUGACAUGAUCCACGUUCACAAUGAGUUAUUUGGCUCAACUGAUAUAUAUCAAUCUCCUGGAUGUUUCCAUGUAUCUGAUGCGAGCAGGUUGUCUUCCUUUACCGACUCUUACUCGUUGGGAACAAAAAUGAUUAGAGAUCUAGAAGGUUUACCAUCUUCCUCUUUGGAUGCAAAAAUUGCACCAGAACACUUACUUCGCCUAUGCAUAGAGCAUGAAACGAAGUUCUGUUCAUCAAAUAAGUCAGCCCUAAGAUAUAAUUUUUACAAGGAACCAAAUUUCUCUAUGUUGGCUAAAAUGGUGGAUCCAUUAGCAUCUCUUAAACAGCGAAUGACUCUACUUUUGGAAGAACGGGAUGAAUAUGCUCUUCAUAGAAUCUUGGAUAUAAUUGAAAUGAGCUUGGCUAUGCCUCUUAAUACCCCAUUGGCUAAGGCGCUCUCUAGCUUAGAGUUUCUGCUUAGCAGAGUUCGGAUGUUACAGGAAACUGUAGCAAAAUUUCCGUUGUCUGAUUAUUUGGACCCCAUAUUUGCUCUGGUGUCCUCAUGGUAUAAGUUGGAGUUUGAAUCCAGUCCUGCUCUGCUUGAUGAAGUUGAAGAUCAGUUUGAGAAGAAUGCGGGGAAGUUGUGGUUGCCACUAUAUUCAGUUCUUCGACGUGAGCAGUCUACUGAUAUUGAUGAAUACAACCGAUCUACAAUUAGAAGCCUGAAGGAGCUUAUUGAGAUGUCUAGCAUCGGGGAGUUUAAGAAGCGCCUUCAGCUCCUGGUUGCUUUUCAUGGGCAUAUUAGUGCUGGUUUAAGGAAUGGAACCUAUUCAAGCCUUUGGCUGGAGGAAAGUGUUAAAAUCCUCUACAACUGCUUUGGUUUCUACGCACAAUUCUUGCCAAUGAUUUUGGAGCACAUUGGAACUAAUAGAAGGAAAAUCGAGGAAGAGGUAAAUGAGCUUGUUAAGCUAUGCAGAUGGGAGCGCUUCGAAGAUUACUUAAGCAUAGAAAGCUCCAGGAGAACCAGGCAGAAGCUCAGAAAGAUCAUGCAGAAAUACACUGACCUGCUGCAGCAGCCUGUUAUGCUUUUUAUCAACCAAGAAAUAAAACGAAGUGGGACAAAUCCCCAAAGUACUGAUGAACCUACUCUCUUGGAUUCUUUUGAAAAGAGCAGAUCUCUUCUAAAUAUUGUCCUAGAUCAGAAGCAAUCAACAGUGGACAGCCCUUCUUGGUUUUCUGAUUGGUGGAAGAAAGUAGAGAAUGCUGUACAAGGUUUGCACGUUGACGCAUCAAGAGAUACUGAUGUGUCUAGGGUCGUAGAAGGGAUUGCAAGUGUCAUCAAGGAUGGUCAGGGCUUCAAGUCUUCAUGCCUGUUAUAUCUGAAUGAGUGGAAACAACUCAGGCAAAUAAUUGAGGAAGUAUGUGGUACUGCUAUAGACUGUGUUGAUGUGUGGGCGGAUGCAAGCAAGAAAAUGGGGAAGAGACGAGUGUUCUCGGAUUUUCUGAAGCUCUUGGAUAACUGUGGUCUAUCUAAGCACAGAGCCUUGUUUAUGGAGGAGCAGUGGAGAGUCAAUAUAUUAAUGUGCUGGUUCCUCCAGCCGUCUUAUGAUGUUCAACAUCUACUGCCAACAAAAGGUCCACCGGCCUCUAAAGACUCUGAAGUUAGUCACGGACAACUCCAAAGUUCACUAGAUAAGAGUUUGGAAACCAAAUGGAAAGCAGCUAACCUGUACUAUUUUAAGAGCAUAAACUCAGUGCAUGUUUUGCAGCAAAUUUGCCUUAGUUUCCAUAAGGAUUUUACUCUUGAGCAGGUUAAUAAGUCAGGAUCUUACAUUGAUCACCUCACUAGCAUUCAACAAGAGCAACGGGAGGUAGCAUAUACUUUUUCUCAGCGACUCAAAUGUUUGAAAGAACUGUUAUUGCCUUUGGCAAGCUUAUCUUCUGGUAAUAUCCCUUUCACAAAUGUGACACAUGGUCAGUCAUUCGCCAAAAAUCAGUACAGCAUAUACAAGUGUCUUUGGCAACAAAAGCAACUUUUUGAUAACUUGUAUGGCAUGUUGUAUGAAGAGCACUUGUUUGUACAAACUGUCGAAGAUUGCCAUUUGAAUACGUGUCCAAGUGUUAAAGACAGUGCAAUGCAGAUUCGCCUUUUCAUUGAAAAACAUUUGCCCAUCGUUCUGGAGUCUAAGGAUUUGUUGGACGGUCAUCUUAUUGGCUUUCAUGGAGUUAAAAGAAAGGAAGAAACUCAAUUGCAUCCUAUUGCUAUCACGAAGGACCUGGAGCAGGUGGUACAUAAAAAUUUUACUUUAGUCAGCAAAUUGGAGGUUGAGUUUCGUGCUUUCCACAGACAAGAUGGAGUUGGAGCAACUGUUACGGAUAUCCUGCUUGGAAACUUUGAGGAGAUAUUUGACAAGACCAACUUCAUACACAAUCAAUUUGAAGCAAGAAACACAUCUGAAGAGAGGGCCCAAGAUUCCAUCCACUAUACAGGAGAUAUCACUGCGCGUCAAGCUGAAUUUUAUAACGCCUUGGAGAAAACAUAUAGAACUAUCAUAGACACUUUGAAUGGUCUUGUGCCUCUGAAGAAUGGUUGUACUCCUCCUGAUGGUCUGAAUAUCAAUGCAUGGAAAAUUCUCCUAGACUCUGCAACAAGGCAUCUACAAUCGGACCUUAAUGAUCAAUUAGUGAAUACUAUUCAUCUUGGAGGAGAGUUAUUGAACCAUUACAGUGCUGGAAAUGCGAAUUCCUAUUCGGAUGUCAGAGCUCAUGUAGAAAAUCUAUAUUCACUGUUGGAUGUGAUCAUUGCCUUCGCCGAUGGUCUUCUGCAUGAUUUUCUUAUCAUGCAUAGAAUGCUAUCUGUGAUGACCUAUGUGCUGGCAAACAUAUUUGCUUCACUAUUUGCCAAAGGUUUUGGUACAAAAGAAGAGGACACAGAUGAUGCCAACCAAGAUUUAAUUCAAGAUCAAAGUGGAACAGGUAUGGGUGAAGGUAGUGGCAUGAACGAUGUCAGCGAUCAGAUAAAUGAUGAAGAUCAGCUCAUCGGCACUUCCACUGAUAGAGAUGAAGAGAACACUUUGGGUGACGCUCCAAGUAAAACUGACAAAGGAAUUGAGAUGGAACAAGAUUUUGAUGCUGCUACCUUUAGUGUAAGUGAGGAUUCUGUGGAUGAUGAAGGAGGGAAUGAAGAAAAUGAAGAACUGGAAUCUGCUAUGGGGGAAACUGGUAAUCAGGGUGAAGCAGUUGAUGAGAAAUUAUGGGACAAAGAUGAGGAUAAUCCUAGUACCAUGGAUGAAAAGUACGAGAAUGGCCCAUCAGUAAGAGACAGCGGUAUCGACAGAGAGCUUCAAGCAAAAGAUGAUGCUGGUGAAGCUGCUGAUGAAGCUGGAGGACUCGAUCUUGACAAAUCAGAGGAGCAAGCUGAUGAAAAUGGAAAUGAUGAGACGUGUGAAGGGAUGGAAGACAUAAAUAUGGACAAAGAGGAUGCAUAUGCAGAUCCUACUGGAUUGAAGCUUGACGAACAUGAUCAAGGUCCUGAAGAUGAUUGCAAUAUGGAUGAACCAGAGUGUGCUGAACCGAUGGUAGAAGAUGAUCUGGACCAGCAAGGCAACCCUGCUGAUGAAAAUAAUGAGGGGGGUGAAAGAGCUGAUUCAGAUGCUACUUUUGAUGAAGCGGACUCUGACCAUUUGGAUGAAAGUUCUGGACGUGCUGGUGAAGAAGGUGAUCAUGCAAAUGACACAAAAAAGGAACCAACAACACAAAAUAAAGAGAUGCUGCAGUCGGACACUUCUCAAUUUGUGGGUGAUAAUGUCCCAACUUCUGUGUCUGCAUCUGAGCCUAGAGGUGAAUAUAAUCAAGCAAAUUUAAGAGAUGCAGCUCCUGAAGCAAAGGGAUCUGAUGUUGAUGGUCUUCAACAUGAUCUUGCUCCCAUGAGAGGUUUUCCUGAUGCCUCUAUGGUUGAAAUCAUAGCUUCUGAUUCUUCAAAUGGUCAAAAGCUGGGCAGUGAUCAACCUGAAAAUUCUUUACCUCCAGCUGAUUCAUCACAUCAAAGGAUUCAGCCAAAUCCUUGUCGUAGUGUGGGUGAUGCCCUUGAGGGGUGGAAAGAUAGAGUCAAAGUCUCCCUUGACCUCCAGGAGAGCGAAGCUCCAGAUGAUUUGGCUGCUGAAAAUGCAAAUGAAUAUUCAUAUACUGCGGAAUUUGAAAAGGGAACAGCUCAAGCGCUUGGGCCAGCAACUGCUGAUCAAGUAGACAAAAAUGUACAUGGAAACGAUCUUGAAAGAGAAACUGUAACUACGGAGAGGAAAGAUGACAUUUCUGAAAUGGAGAUUGAAAGGCAGCUGUCUGAAGCACAUACUAUCAGCAAUUCUGCUGUAAGUUCCAGCAAUGCCAAGGGCAAGGAAUCGGAGAUAAUUAACACUGAGGAGCAACAGGAAUCAACAUCUGAAGUUGAUAUUAGAGAUGGUAGCGCUGUUCCUAGUUUGUCCCAGAGUUUGGUCUCUGUGAAGAGGACCUUUUUGUCUGAGGACAUAAAUCGGCUUAGUGAGCUCUCGGUAAAUGAUGAUGACCUGGGCAAGGCCCGUAACCUUGAGGAGGUAUCCAAUGAGAUGAGAGAAAAUGCUGCAACACACUGGAAAAAUUAUGAACUUCGAACUGCGAGGUUGUCUCAGGAGUUGGCUGAACAGUUGCGUUUGGUAAUGGAACCGACUUUAGCUAGCAAGCUCCAGGGAGAUUACAAGACUGGGAAAAGAAUUAAUAUGAAGAAGGUAAUUCCAUAUAUAGCAAGUCAUUACCGUAAAGAUAAAAUAUGGCUGAGGAGAACUCGGCCUAACAAACGGAACUACCAAGUGGUAAUUGCUGUGGACGAUUCUCGCAGCAUGUCUGAGAGUGGUUGUGGAAGUUUAGCCAUUGAAGCAUUGGUGACUGUUUGCCGUGCAAUGUCUCAGUUAGAAAUAGGACAGCUCUCAGUUGCAAGCUUUGGUAAGAAGGGUAAUAUUCGCAUAUUGCACGAUUUCGAUCAGUCCUUUACCGGAGAGGCUGGUAUUAAGAUGAUCUCUAGUUUGACCUUUAAGCAAGAAAACACCAUUGCAGAGGAACCCAUGGUUGAUCUUUUGAAGUAUUUGAAUGACAUGCUUGAUGCUGCAGCCGCCAAUGCCCGGCUACCAUCUGGACACAAUCCCCUAGAGCAGCUCGUUUUGAUAAUAGCUGAUGGCUGGUUUCAUGAGAAGGAGAACAUGAAACGCUAUGUCAGAGAUCUUUUGAGCAAAAAGCGUAUGGUUGCGUUUCUUGUGGUGGAUAGCCUACAGAAAUCCAUAUUGGACCUUGAGGAAGCUACCUUUCAGGGCGGAGAAGUUAAGCUUUCAAAAUAUUUGGAUUCAUUCCCAUUCCCUUACUAUGUUGUGCUCAAAAACAUUGAAGCACUUCCAAGGACACUUGCUGAUUUAUUAAGACAGUGGUUUGAGCUUAUGCAACAAUCGAGGGAUUAGGUUGCCAAAUUUUACACACCUCAAAACCCCGAUAGGAAUAUACGUGUACAUACAUAAUACCUUUCUGUCAAAACCCCGAGAGGAAUAUAAGUGUACAUAAUACCUUUCUCGGCCUUUGGGCACAGAUCAAGUGGGGGUGAGGGAUGCAGGGUGGAAGGGUGUUUAUGAUUGGAACUGGCGCAUUAUAUAGCCCUGUAAAGGCAAAAUGGCCUCUUCCUACCUGUCAUGUUGUAGCUACUGAAACUUAAAACCUUAUAAUGCAAAAGUUUCAAGUUUGCGAGCUUCA